AAGCGCUUCCUCCUCCCAUCAGUUAUUGUCUGUCCUUCGUAGUGGAUAUCACAGGACAAUGGUCACGGAGAAACAUGACUUAAUAUGCCUUCAAUGCCAGCAGUUGUACACGAAGAAAGAAAGAUGUCCACGAAGGCUUCUCUGCGGACACACGCUGUGUACAUCAUGUCUGGCACAUCUGAUUGCAACACAGAGCUGCAAAUGUCCUACAUGCUCCAGACCAUUCUUGGCUAGAACAGAGACACAGUUACCUACAGACUUCACAAUUUAUAAGAGACUUUCAUUUUCGAAUAAUGAAAAUGUUACAGCUCAAUUAGCACCUAUUCGAGGCAUUAGGAAUGCAGAACAAUUGGAUUCCAUGUCACCUAAGGAUCAGGAAACCAAUGAUAUUCCCCCCCAUGUAAACCAGAAAAAGGUAUCAGGUUACUCAAAGGCAGAAUCUGAUCAGUCAGAUUCAAAAUCCUAUUCUAAUCUGCUUUCUCCUAAACCUUUUAAGCAUCAGUUACCUCUCAUUGGUAAUACGCCAAGCACGGAUCGAAGCUUUAAAAAUACUGAAGGCUUUGCAGCUAAGGAUGUAGUUGAUGUGCCAAGACAAGUAAUACCUGCAAAUGUAAUAACACAACAAGACAUUCAAUCAAUACCACCACCAUCACCUGUCAUGAGACCACUAACUCCAAGUGUAUCUCCAAGAUCAUUUACAUCUACACUUAAUUCACAUGAAGCACAACAGUUGCCAAAAACUAAAUUAAGUCAUUACCAUCCAGCUAAAGUGAGCACACUUCCCACAUUACAUGAAAUUCCAGAAACUUCUACUAUGACCUCCACCCCAAUACCCAAAUUCAGAUCCAUCGAGCAAAUAAGAAAGGAUCUACAAGACAACAAGCACAGGUUCCCACAGAAUAUUCCAAAGCCAAUGAAAAGGUCAUCAAUUACAUCUGAAUCUCUCGUAGAGCCUAAAAAUGCAAGGGCCAAGCCAUCAAUGAAAACAUACGCAAGGGGUAUGUUGCUGUCUGAACAUUCCUCUGAGAAUGAGUCAAAAGGUAUUUCUUCACAUCAAAAUACUUAUGGUACUGAUGACCCAGACCAUGCAAAACUACCGGAUGCAACAAAAAGCAAGGCUCAUAAAGAUAAAGUUCAGCAGGCUCAAGAUUCCACUUUAUUAAAAUUUAAAUCUAACAGUAAUCUAACACAUGUGGUAUCUAAUUCUGAUAACACAGUAAAUAAGAUAAAGCCUGGAAUACCUACUGAUCAAGAACAUACGAAUAUUUCAACAAUUCCAGACCAUAUAAAUGGAAAAUAUGAAAGACCCAUUGAAUCUAAAAGUGCAUCACCAUCAUUAACCAGUGGGGCUGGCUCUUUAGCUGGAGGAGAGGGUAAAUACUCAGCGUCCUUGAAGCCAAUGUCAACUAGUUCACCAUUAUACACGAUAUCCUCAGUAACACGUCAUGAAUCCUUACAAAAGACACUCGGAGAACAAAUGACAAAGAAAGGAUUGCUUAAGAGACAGGCACCCAUUCCCGGUGUAAAUGGUAUGGGUACUCCACAUUCUACCCCACCAUCAAUUAAAGAUAAAGAAAAACCAUCAAGCACACCAAAAGAAGCAAAUAUGUAUUACUACUUACAAGUGAAAUCAAAACGAAAAGCACCUAGUCCUUACCAAGAUGCAAGUGGGCGGCAAACAUAUCCACCAUUAGCCAACAAAUCACAAAACUCAGUUCCAAAGUUGCAGUCACCCGUUAUCUCAGCAGGUAUUAACAAAUCAAACACCAAGCGAAGAGCACCAGUCCCUGAUCCAUUACGAAUUGGAGAACAGAAAGUGUCAAUCGCUAUGCAGACAUCUCUUCAAAGUGAAGUACCAAAAUUUCUGAAUCAUUUGUCAACCUUGAGUAACAUCCAGCAUCCUGAUGUAAAGAAAGCUCAAAUACAAUAUGAACGGCGACCCCCUACACCUCCCUCUCCUUCAGAUAUGCCAGCUUCUUCUUCUGAAGACCAUAGUGAAAGAAAAAUGAAUGACAUCAGCUCAACCACAGCAAUAAACUCUAAUAUUGUUGAAAAUCAGGAUAAAACGUCAACUCAACCUGUAAGUGAUACUCAUGUUGAAUUUAAGAAAGGUAAUGGUGAAGAAAACAAUCUGACAUGUAAAUCUGAAGAAAAACAGAAUAGUGUGGCAAGAAUAGAAGGGAAUUAUCCAAAAGAGGGUCACAAAAACCUAUACCCUUCAAUUCUGACCAAGGAAUGCUCAAAGUCCCCAACACAUUUCACUGCAAACUCUCCUGUAAAGGGAGAGAAAAAUUCAGUUGACCAUAUGGAGUCUUCUCGCGCUUUGUAUUUAAGCAAAAUCCAUUCGGGAGAGUUACAAAUUGGAAGCGUAUCAAGUAGAGAGGACAGACCUUCUGAAGAUCUGCAGAGGGAAGAACCCAAUGUAAAGGAACACGAACACUUGAUGAAAAAGCAUCCCAAGAAAGAAAAUGCGGAGCAGAAUGAUUGCCCUAAAGGGGUUAUCAAGUCCACAGUUUCGGUAACUGAAGGACACGUGUCUAACAGAGAUACCAGAGCAAGUAGGAUACACAAUAGAUCUUUAGCAAUGCCACAGAGUGAAGCGAAAAUAUGCGUGAAACCUCCAAAUUCAGAUACACAGUCAUCCAAAGAUUCAGAUUCUAAUAUGGCAGCAGACACAAAAGCAAAUGAAAAUUCUUCACAAUUACAGAAAUCAAGAACUAAAGGAAGAUACAAGUCGCCAUAUUUAUUAGAGAGAACUUCAUUCAGGAACCAAGAGACUCUAAUGACGAUGCCAUUAAGCAAAUCUAAUGACUCAUAUCCCAACGAAAAAAAAUCUACCACAGACGAAGAUGACAAUGAAAUAGCCCAGGGGAGUAGGCGAGAUUACUUGAACGAACCUACAUUGCAAAAGGUUACAGGGAAUCCAAAUCCAAAAACUUUAGAUGCAGAUAACAAAGCGCACAAGGAGAAAAGUGAAAGGAGCAAAAUAAAAAUUUCAGACAAAAACUCAAAUUCAAAUAUUCCUUCCGAAGGAAGUCCAGCAAAGGGGAAUGAAUAUUCCCAAUAUGUAACAAGGAAACAAGCGAAUAUCUGCAUAGCAAAAGUUCUUCGGCAUGAACAUUCAGUUCUUUCAUCAGAUGAAAGUGUACCAGAUAUCGCGACUGAACAAGAAUCCUUUAGUAAACUUAAGCAUAAUACCUCAGAUAAAAAAGCAACACUAGGAAAACCACAGGACAACAACCCAACAGCUAAGUAUUCUUAUGGAAAUGAGUCCUGUGUUCCCCUCAUCAAAUAUAAACAAAUUCUAGUUAAGAGCAAAAAUAAAGACAAUGAGGAGGUCUCCAGUUCGGAAUGUAUAACUAAAUAUGGAUAUCAUAAAGAGUCGUGUAUUCCGCUUAUCAGAUAUGACCCAAUAAAGAAGGAUAACAGUUCCAAGUCUAAAAACCAACAACGUGAAAACAGAGAGAAGCUGCCAAGCAAAAAUUCUGAUAAAAGGGAAAGAACUAAUGCUCUGAACCCGAUAUCAUCCCAGCACAAGGGAAGGUUAACUUCACAUUACAAAGAACAAAAUCCUUCCAUUUCAGAAAACUCAGAAGAAUUUUCCACGGACGUUACUAAAUCCGUUAGUGAAACAGAAUCUGGUGAUUUAAGUGGAAGUGAAAAAGCUUGUAUACAAGAAUAUGAACGAAAACGAGAAAUGGCACAAGGAAAAUCAAAAUCUUAUCCAAAAGUUAAUACAGAAACGCAUACUUCAAAAAUAAUGAAGUCGUUCAACUACGGGAAUGACAUAAAGGGCUUCAAAAGCCAUAGGGCGGAGGCUCAAGUAGGGAAACCCAAGACAAAAUGUAAACAUACCAGUGAUGAUCGUGAUGUAAGUGACAAUGGUAGGAAACAUCGAAGAGCUAAGACAGAUACUGUCUUUAGGAAAUCUCGUAUGACUGCUCAAGAGAUGGGUUGUAGCACAUUAUCAGAAUAUGAAGGAAUUUCUCAAAGUGACUCAGAAGUAUCUCCUAAGAUUUUCAGACAUAAAACAAGUAGGAUCAGCCGGUCAAAAUCAAGUGAUGAAUUAUUGGCGAGUCGUAAAGACUACAAAACUGAAAAAAGUGCCACAAGAAAGUUGAGAGGCAAGUCUUCAGUCCCAAGAGAGAGAAAGGACAGUGGUGGUAGCAAGAGUUCAUAUUACUAUGAGAAAAAACACAAGAAAAUGUCCCCAGCAUCCAAGUCAGCUGAAUGCAGUGAAUCAGAAUCAAGCGAUAUUGAUGCAAAGCUACAAAGGGCUCGCCAAAGAGUACGAGACGCUAUGAAUGACGAAAUUGUUACAAAAAGAAGUCAUUUACCAGUCAAAGGUAAAACUAUGGAGAAAAGUAAAAAUAAUAGAAUGAAAUAUAACAAAUACUCCAGCGAAGACUCCACAGCAAGAAGCAGCAGAAAACUUAAGAGGUGUGUAAGUGACAAAGAAAGACUUAGGAGGCAAAAUCAAAGAAUGGUUGAUUUACCAUUAACUGCUUUCGAAUAUGAUGAAAGAUUACCUAUGAGAUUCUAUGCCCGAAAAAAAGAAUCUGAAUAUACUGAUCAAAGACUUUCUAGUGACAGAAGGGCAAACAAACACUCAGAAAAAAGGAAAGGAAAAGACCAAAAAUCCAGAUAUUUACUUUCAGACGAUGACAGUCAUAGUACAAGUACCAGCCCUUUGAGGCUAACUACUUUAACUAUAAAUGAUGAUUCAGAUCACAUCAUGCCUAAAUCUAAAAUAGAUACAAGCCCAGAGAGUCACCCCAAAUUAUCAGGUUAUAGAACUCUUCAUGAUGACAAAUCUGAAACAAGUGAAGACUUUCCUGAAGACAUUUAUGAAGCUUUUCCAUCACACACCGAAGAAAGGAAAACAAGAAAUAUGUCAUCAUCGACACUCAGCUCUAGAACAAGUCGAUGGGACGAAAGCGAUCAGGACCAAACAAAUGGUUUUCUUUUGAGAAGACCUUUAACGCUAACGGAUUCACAGUUUACACCAAGCUUCAACUACAGACCAUCAUCUCAGCUCCUUUCAGCAAACCGCACUUUGAUUAAUACAGAGCAUGAAAACCCUGAAAAUGAAAUAGUCACGGAAAAGUACAAAUCUAAGCCUCAACCUCCACAGUCAAAGGAAGUUGUCAAAGCAGGCAUCGGACAAUGCAAAACACAUGGUUUUUUACUCGAUCUCUAUUGCAAGACGUGUGAAGUGUGGAUUUGCAAUGAAUGUCUUGACCUUGUUCAUCGACCCCCGCCAAUGGGAAGCUGCGUUGCAGAAUCAGCAGAUCAAGCAGUGGACAACAUGAAGAUCUGCCAUGCCGGGCUCUUUGACACAAAAUUGGCCACGCUGGACCACUUCAAGAGCGAUCUCACGAGACUGCUGGAGAGCUGUGACAAUGGCAUCAAGGAGCACGAGACGAGCAUCGCUCAGCUAUCAUCCCGAGUGCUGAGCGAAGAAAUGAUCAUUCAUGGGAUUAAAAACAUGCGAUCCUUGGUGAUGCAGAAGUGGAAACAAAUAGACACGUGGGAAGAUGUGCUGGAAGCAAACGCUCGUCGAAUUGACCAGUCAUCAUCAGCUAGGGAGAUGGAGGAAGCCGUUCAGAAGAACCACAGUGCCAUUGUAUUAAACGUUAUGUCAGGGGCUGCAUCUAAUGAUGUUUCCAAGACAGCAAUAAAUCCCUCUCAUAUUUGGUAAAAAAAUAAAAAUAACAACUCCUCAUAUAUGGUUAAAAAAGAAACAUUCAGUAACUUUGGAAACUACCAUUUCUCAGUGGGUUUAAUUUCUGUAACAAGGUAUCUGAUUUUGGUAUAAAUUAGCAUACAAUAUAUUUUCCUUAUGUUAUAAAAUAUAUAAAAUACCAAAGCCUCAUAACCAGAUUUAAAGCACAAAUGAGCUGUAAAUUGAUAGAUUAAAAUUAAAUAAAUCGUUAUGACGACAAUUUGAUAAUCAGCUUUGAAAGUAAUUUUAAUGAAAAUAUCAAAUUUGGCAGAGCUGAAACCUAUAAUAUAUUCAACUUACACAAAAGCACUCACAUAAACACACACACAAAAUAUAUAUAUAUAUAUAUUAU